UUUGCAGGGCCUUGCAAGUCAAGUGGAACUAACUGAGGUUGAUGUGUGGAACAAAGCAGGCAUGGCAAGGGGAGAUUGGUGGUUUUGGUGCAAGGGACCAAGGACACAAAAUGUUGGAGCAUCCCUACCUUGUCAACGCCACAGGCACCUUCGGUACUAACUGGGAUGAAAUUGUGGUGGGAAGAGAGCAGCGAGCCACUACGUUGGAGUGCAUCCUGACGGAAGCGAGGCCCGACGUCAACGUCAACUGGAUGGUCAAGGACCUCAGCGCGGGCGGCUGGAAACUGCUGCUCUCGGCCAGCGAGCGUGACGGCUUCUCCGGCGGCGCUUCGAAGCCUUCCAUGCGGCUGGCCGACCCUAACUUUCUGCUCACGGGCAAUUUCUCGCUGCUCCUUCAAGCUGCCAAGCAGGACCAUGGCCUCUACAUGUGCUUGAUAGAGCACGAAAGGAAGACCAUCAAGCAGAAGGUCAUCCUAUUAGCCAUCCUCACCGUCUUCCACAUCCCCCCAUCGCCCGUGCCUCAGAACAGCACCUUACGUCUGAUAGCCAAGGUCACUCCGGAGCCUUCUUGUGAAUCGAUCUCCUGGGAAUCACCGGAUGGCACCUCCUUAAAGACCGUGCUGAAGCCCCACGCCGGAUUCGUGGCCAAAGUUCCCCAGCUAACGCACGACGACGCCGGCUCCUACAAGUGUGCCGUUCACACCUAUGGGAGCGACACCGUGCUCACGUUUGCCGUGAACGUCGCUGUUGACGCUGUCGGCGUGGCCUCCUUCACCAGGGUGCAGCAUGGCCCAACUAUCUUCACCGCCACUCAAGCGAGGACAUCCGUCCCCCUGACCUGUCCCACUGUGCUAGGGGACUGCGUUUUCCUCUACUGGCGACCCCCCAGUUCGAGCAAUAACAAGCUGGUGUACCACUACGAUCACUGGAGGGGCAAUACGCCCAGCAUAGAAAGCGCCAAGCUCCAGCUGGCCGGCUCACCCUACAACGCAGACGCUGGAAGCUUCUCCUUCUUGUACACGCCGGGCCUGAAAGACGGCGGCCUUUACGUCUGCGACGUGCUCGUCAACGACCAUAUCUUCAGCCAGAGGACGCUGCUGAGCGUGUUAAAAGUGAUGGGCCGGCGUUUGGGAUCCGAGCUGCAGCUGGAGUGCUUGUACAGCGAAAUUUCCCAAGUCCGAGAGGCAUGGUGGGAAUAUCAAAACGAGCGUUGUCCGCCGGCGAUGACGACAAGUUCUCCCGGCAGCGUCGUCGCCGCUCUGCCGUUACCCGUCACCUCGGACACGGCCGGCAACUACACGUGCACCUUACGACUCAAAAAUGGCCAAACCAUCAGCGCCAUCCACACCGUCAAGCAGCAAGAGAGCGCCGUGGCACCCUCGUCGCACUCUUCUUCCCCCCUCCUCCUCCUCCUCCUGGCUUUAUUACUUCUGGUCCCCCUGGUUGCCGCCACCGUGACGGUGUUGCUACGGCAACAGAAGCGCAUCUCCCGUCGAGGUAUUGAGCAGUCGCUGUCUGUCCACUCGGGCGAGACGGAGAACAUCUACGAGAACCCGGAAGAUGUCAGACAGACUCUUACGCAGGGAUCGGUCUAUAUGGAUUUAAAACCUAGACAAGAUGAUGUCUACAAGGAACUGGAGCGCUAAGCAAAAAGAAGCAUUGUAUCACCUGUGUGUGUGUGUGUGUGUGUGUGUGUGUGUGUGUGUGUGUGUGUGUGUGUGUGUGUGUGUGCGUUUGUAUUCAUGACAUCUCAGGACAAUUUUAUGAUAACACACCUUCACAAUGAGGACCUGUGGAAAAAUGAGGACAUUUUUCGCGUCCUCAUUUUUCCACGCAGUCUACACUACUCUAGAGCUCACGAGGAUACUCCCACACCAAAAAUAAGUGAUGUCCUGAAAGAGCACAAUUUUCAGAAAUUGUGUGUUUAAGUGUGUUUAACUUUCGACUCACUUUUCAUUUGGAAAACUAGUGGCCAACUUCGGUACUUAACACACUUUUAACACACUUUCAGUGACGUCAUUGUGCAGGACCUCAAAUGUCAUCUUUUUCGGACUGACUCACACAUUUUCCCCGCCCUCGUCCUGAUAAGUCACAUCAAUUAGCAGUCACACAAAAUCCAACAUGUGAAGCAGCCAGACAAUCCUACUCUCAAACACGACCACGCAUGGAUGACCAUCGGGUAAGCAAUUCCUUUUCGUUUAUCUUACCGUAACAUAGAAGUUGUUUAAUAUAACCGUGUUUAACAGUGCCCACCAAAGGUAAUAUCAUUCAAUAAGACAGCUAGCUAGCUAGCUAGCUCGAUCGUUAGCAUGCUA